GGCCAGUGUGGUUUCCGUUUCAAUCUUUCACCCACUCAGUGUGAGUGUCCUGUCUGUCCUCGUUCCACUCUCCCCAACCCAUAACAAAAUCAGUCUUUAGCUUCAAUUCUCUGUUUGCAAUGGCGGAUCAUCACAAGGAGCGGGAGAGGGACGUGGAGCAGAAGGAGGAGGAGGAGAAAAAAGGCGAACCUUUGCUUCAAAAGAUUGCCGACAAAAUUCAUGCCGAUGAUUCCCCUUCUUCGUCCGAUUCCGACUGUGAGAGGAAGUAUUCCAUUAAGGCCAAAGUCUACAGUCUCUUCGGCAGGGAGAAGCCUCUUCAUGGCGUCCUCGGAGGUGGAAAACCUGCUGAUGUGUUGUUGUGGAGGGACAAGAAGCUGUCAGGAGGAGUGCUAGUUGUGGCUACAGCUAUCUGGUUUUUACUAGAUAUCCUUGAAUGUCACAUGUUCACCGUCAUCUGUCAUGGUUUAAUCCUUGGACUGGCAAUUGUGUUUCUGUGGUCACAUGCCAAUAGCUUCAUUAAAAAAUCUGGUCCACGGAUUCCCAAUGUUCACAUUCCAGAAGAUCCUGUAUUGAAGGUUGCCUCUGCUGUGAGGAUUCAAAUAAAUCAUGCAUUUUCAGUUUUGAGGGAUAUUGUUUCAGGAAGGGAUGCGAAGAAGCUUUUCUCGCUGAUCGCGGGUUUGUGGGUUAUCUCCAUAGUGGGAAGUUGGUGUGACUUUGUGACGCUUAUGUAUGCAACUACCCUACUGGCUUUAGCAUUGCCUCUAGCUUAUGACAAGUACGAGUACCAAGUGGACUGUUUUGUUGAGAAGGCAAUGGAACAAUAUGCGGAAUUUGAUGCUAAAGUGUUGAGCAAGAUCCCCAGGGGAAGGAGAGGAGCUUCAAAAGAUACAAAACAAGACAAAAGAGGAGACUAAACAAGGUUACACCCUAAUACAGGAUUUGCUGCUGCAUUUCCCUACUGCAGGCUAGUAGAUGUAGAUGGAUCGUUUGAAUUUGGAUUCAUCAUGGUCUGUCUGGCCAUGGAGAUUGUGAGCAAUGAAUGAUUGACAAUGUUAUGUACCCUACAGCAACAGAAAUAUGAGGUGCAGAGUUCACUUGUGGAUGGUUGUGGCGGGACUUAA